AUGACAUUAUUGAAGGAAGUUUCCUGGUUAUUGCUACCUGCCUUUGCACAAGCUGCCACAGUAAACUAUACUAUACCAUCGACAGCAGCAGCCAGUGCAGCAAAACUUGCUCCUGCUCCUGUUGGUUUAUCAUUCGAGUUCUUCGCAUACCCAUCAUACUUUACAAAUGUUACAGCUACAAACCAAUGUUUAGCCAAUUUCAAAGAUUUGAGUGGAACAUGGCCUCCUAUUCGAAUUGGUGGCACUACACAAGAUCGCGCAACAUAUGAUGCAAAUACAAGCGCAUAUGUCGUUUACCGUGUUAAUUCAUCCGUCGAUGCACCAGCUUCAUUGACAUUUGGUCCUAAUUUUAUGAAACUUGCCUCUACAUAUCCUGGGACUGUGGUGUUAGGACUGAAUCGUGGUCAUAAUGAUAUUACAAAUACAAUUGCAGCAGCAAAAUCUGCAAAGGGUAGUAUGGGAAAUCUCAAAGCCAUUGAACUUGGCAAUGAACCAGAAUAUUAUACUAGUGAUGGUCAACCCAUUGCAUCUCCCUCAUGGACCCCCGCUAUUGAUGCCGCUUCUCAAAAUAACUGGGACAUCCAAGUAGGAACAGCUCUUCAAUCCACGAAUAUAAUUCAAGCUGGAAACUCUAAUGCUUCACCACCUACAUGGGGAGCUGCUGAACUUAUCGCUAGUGGGAAUGCCACUGUGAGGACUUAUGUGAAAGAUUAUGCCCAUCAUAAUUAUCCAGGUGGUACUCUUCAGAAUUUGAUGAGCCACAGUGGAAUUGUCAGUAAUUUGGCACCAAUUGGAACAGAUGGUAAGGCAGCAAACGCCGUUGGAAAGGAGUAUGUUUUGGGAGAGACAAAUUCCGUCUCCGGCGGAGGUGCUGCAACUGUUUCUCCAACUUUUGGAGCUGCCCUUUGGACCCUCGAUUACACACUUCAGGCCACAGUUUUGAAUAUCACUACUGUAUAUUAUCAUCACGGAACCAUUGGCGCUUGUUACUACUGUUGGUGGGGCCGAUAUGACGCUGGCGCCCCUUACUAUGGUGCUUGGCUUGCAGCUGCAGCUUUUGCCGGAUCUUCUUAUAUCCAACAGAUCGAUUCCGGUAGUUCUAAUUACGGUAUUUACGUACUAUACAACAGUGAUAAGGCCCCAAUCAAAGCAGUAUUGAUCAACAGUGAUUAUUACGCCGGAACUGGGACAAGAGGAAGUGAGACAUUUGUUCUUGGGGGACUGAUGGUAGGAAAAGGAACAAAGGCGAAGAGAUUAACUGCAGGAAGUGCAUUGAGUAGGGUGGACCAGGGGUCCAAUCCAUCAUUUGGAGGUCAGAUUGUCGCUAACGGUACUUGUGUUAUUGGUGGAAAGGAGACUUUUGAGACGGGAACAGUGGGAAGUACUGGCACAGCGAGCUUUACGGUUGCAGCGAGUGAGGCUUUGUUGGUUUAUCUCUAA